AUGCCAACUCUCAUACAGCUCGGCAAGAUUCUUGCCCUUGCCUAUUUAUUUGGGGGCAGUGCGUACGCCCAAUCAGAUAAUCUAGGUCUUGGCAAUGGCUUCAUUGAUGUAUCCAUUGGCAACUUCAAGGCCAAGAUUGCUCAUGAUGCCCAAGUCCUAGCUUCGCUCUCUCCAGCUGGCGACUCUUUUGACUUUUUGCCCUACGAUCUUCUCAAAUAUCGUGCCGCGAAUGGCCAGUACCACUGGGGCGAUAUCACAUAUCGCUACCGACAGGGAGACGACACAACAUGGAUUGAUGGCGAUUCAGCGCAGAAGCGUCAGCCAGUCAAAAACAUGACUACUGGAAGCAAUAUUCUCGCAGCGUCUAGCCUGGAAAAAACUCUUCCGAAUAGCCCGCUUAGCAUUGCCCGUGAGUGGCUUGACGUAUCGGGAGAUCUCGGCCUCCGCUUCACGCUGAAGAACACCGGCAAUCAGCCCAUCGAGAUCGGUAGCCUCGGAUUCCCAGCCGAGUUCAACAGUAUUUUCAGCGGCAGAGCAGCUACCGAGAUGCAAGCCCACUGCUCUCUCUCCGAUCCAUACAUCGGCAUGGACGCAGGCCAAAUCCGCGUAGCUCCUGUCAAAGGUACCGGGAAAGCUCUUUUAGUAACGCCGUUAGGCGGUACACAGUCUCCCCUUGAGGCGUACCGCAACCUCAAGGAGGCUAGCAGGGACCCUACGUACUACGGAAGUCAGACCUUUGAGGGCUUUUAUGAGUGGCAGGUCCUCAGCAAGGCUUGGGCAGAGAACGAGUGGAAGGACCAAAAGCCCUGGAACACGCCUUCAUCCAAGGUCUUGAAGCCAGGCCAGUCGCUCAAAGUCGGCGUCAAGUUCUCCUUGGCGGACAGCAUCCGCGACUUUGACAAGGCCGUUCGAAAGGCGGGAAGCCCUGUCGCUAUUGGUGUUCCGGGCUUCAUCACUGCACAAGAUCUGCCAGCCCAGCUGAUUCUUCAGAGCGACAGCAAGGUCUCUUCUGUUACUGUUGAACCAAAGGGUGCACUCCAGGUCAAGGAUAAUGGCAAUGGCCGGUACACACUUACUCCCUCCUCUUCCUCAUGGGGUCGAGUUCGAGUGACUAUCGUCUAUAAGGAUAAGAAGGUUCAGACUGUUCACUACUUUGUGACCAAGUCUACUACGGAGACCCUCGGCGAUAUGGGAAGAUUCCUAACUACAAAGGCGUGGUUCAAUCAGUCGCUUGAUCCCUUCAAGCGGUCCCCUUCCGUGAUGACAUACGACUAUGAGAAGGGACAGAUCGUGGACCAGGACUCGCGAGUUUGGAUCGCCGGCCUCAGUGACGAGGGUGGUUCCGGUGCAUACGUCGCAGCAGCGAUUAAGCAAGUCAUCCAACCUGACGCCGAGGAAGUUGCAAAGCUCGACGAGUUUGUCCAAAAGGUCAUCCGGGAUAAUCUCCAAAGGAAAGACUACGGGGUCCAGAAGUCUCUCUUUUACUACCAGCCAGCCGAUGUGGACUACGAAUACCGCAAGGACAUCGACUGGACCAGCUGGACGUCUUGGAACAAGGCGGCCGCCUCCGACAUUGGUCGCGCAUACAACUACGUACAUCCCGUAGCAGCAUACUGGUCCCUGUACCGCGUUGCCCGAGCGUACCCAAAUCUCGUCUCCAAGGACUGGACUUGGUAUCUCAGUCAGGCCCGAGAGACUAUUCUCCGAAUGACCAAGGCCGAUGUCGGGUACAACGACUUCGGGCUGAUGGGAGAGACUGUGUUUGGUGAAAUUCUGGCAGAUCUCCAGCGCGAGGGAAAUGUCACUGCCGCCGAUGAGCUGGAGAAGGCAAUGAAGGAGCGAGCUGAGAUAUGGGAUGCGCAGGAGAUUCCUUACGGAAGCGAGAUGGCUUGGGACUCUACUGGUCAAGAAGGUGUCUACUACUGGACCAGGCACUUUGGCAUGACUGAGUCGGAGAAAAAGACCAUCAACAGCGUGAUAGGCUACAUGCCCAAUGUACCGCAUUGGGGCUGGAACGGAAACGCCCGGCGAUAUUGGGACUUUGUUCAAAGCUACGGAGGUAAGCUCAAGAGGAUCGAGCGCCAGAUUCAUCACUACGGCUCAGGUCUCAACGCACAAGUCCUCUUAUCAGCAUUCCGCGAUGACCCUUCAGACGCAUAUCUUUUACGCGUGGGCUACGCUGGUUCAGCUGCUCCCCUGUCCAACAUCAACCAAGACGGCUUCCCGAGCGCUGCUUUCCACUCUUUCCCCGACACGCUGAAGUGGGAUGGCAUCACGGGCGACUACGGUGGUGGUUUCAUCGGCAUGGCUCUGAACUCGGGCACGUAUGUCGCCGACGAUGAGGAGUUGGGCUUAGUCGCUUUUGGAGGUAUUCUUUCCCUGAAUGGGGGCAGUGUGACUGUUCAGCCAAAAGAUGCUGUGCGGAAGAGAGUUUUCAUCGGGCCUCUCAAGGUACUAAUAACGGUCGACGUCGGUUCCAUCGAGGAGUUCACGUUCGACUCAGCCAAGGGUACUGUUGGAGUUAGUCUGUCGCAGUUGAAGGGCUCGCCGGAAGCUUCAAGGGCUGUUAUUUGGGUAGAGUCGACUGGUGGUGAGAAAUGGCAAGUGAAGGCGGAGGGAGCGUCUGAGGGCCGAGGCGGCUGGAUUGUUCCAUUGGGACCUGGGUCUAUUACGAUUUCUGUUAGCAAGGCAUGA